AUGACAAAAUUUCUCAUCCAGCUGUAAAAUUUCUCUGCUGUGUCUUGUUGUGUCUCUCCUCUUUGGUUUAGUCAACAAGAAAAACAAUAAAUUUCUAUAAUUUCCCUAUCGUUUAAUUAAUAAUUAUGUAAAUUGCAGUUUAUUUUAAAGCAGUACUCCGAUUAAUAAAAACAAUUUCAUUCACCUGAUCUAACAUGAUUGAGCCUAAUCAUUCUUUUAAAAGUGUUGAAGAAGAAAGGGAUUAUUACAAAAAAUUGGCUAUUACCUAUGAAAAAAAAUACCAGGAAACUAAACUUGAUUUGGAGGAGUUUCAAGAAAGCAGUCGUGAACUUGAAGCAGAAUUAGAAGCUCAGCUUGAACAAACAGAGUCUCGAAAUAAGGAAUUGAAAUCUCUAUCAAGCAGAUUUCAACUUGAUUGUGAAUCUUUAAAGGAUAAGUUACAAGCACUGCAAGUUGAUAGUAAAACUCAAAUUGCUGACUUGGAAGACGAAUUGAACCGAACUAGAGCGACACGUGACGACCUACAGAAAUACAUCAGAGAGUUGGAGCAGCUAAAUGAUGAUUUAGAGAGAGCAAAAAGAGCUGCUGUUUCUUCUCUGGAAGAUUUUGAAGCACGACUCAAUCAGGCCAUUGAGAGAAAUGCAUUUUUAGAAAGUGAACUGGAUGAAAAGGAAGUCCUUAAAGUUACUGUGCAGAGAUUGAAAGAUGAAUCAAGAGAUUUAAGACAAGAAAUGACUUUACAUCAACGUCCUGUUUAUGAAAGAUCUGCAUCUACUGACACCAAUUUGGCUCGUGUGAAGACAGUUACUGACACCCGUAAAAUUAAAGCAGAGUUGGAAAAUUUGCCAGAAGUUCGCACAAAAUAUUUAAAUAAUCACCUAAACACAUCCUCGCCCUUAACUCCGUCUUCUCGCAUAUCUUCUUUGAAUAUAAUUGGAGAUCUUCUGAGAAAAGUUGGAGCUCUAGAAUCUAAAUUAGCAUCCUGCAGAGCGUAUGUGAAAGAGAAUUCACCGAAAGAAGGUAGUGAGAAACAAUCUCCUGUACAGUCAAAACACAUAAUCAUUAAUGGAUCCACUCUCCAUGAAGAAAUAAGCUUAACUGCAUAAAGAUCUGCAGAAAUGCACAAAUCCAGCAUUUAUUUUUGUGGAUUUUUGGGCUUGACUUGUGUGGAUUUCUGCUCUCUCUCUAUUAGUUGAAAUAUUUUAUUUAUCUAUUGCAUAUAAUUUUUGAUGAUGUUCUUGCAAUGUUGUGUAGUGAAUGUUUCCUAUUUUUCCUGUAUUAUAGAAUAAAUAUUUGGUGAACCUUUCUACAAUUAAAGAAUGUAUGUAUUUGUUAAUUUGUAAGCAUUCUGUUAAUUUAUUUAGAUGACAUUUAAUUGUCAGCUAGUGUAAUUUAAUUAUGUAUAUUUAUUGGUUACACUAGAUCUGAAAUUUAAUUAACAUCAGUUGUGUAGUGCAAUUAGUUCAAAUGCAUUUUAAAAGGAGAUACAUUGUGGUGUUAAAGUCUCUAUCUUACAAAAAGUGCCUUUGUCCUUUAUUAUUACUUUUUUUUUUAAAGUUUUGCUGUUUGAUAUUUUGUUGCAAAUAUUAUUGUUAGAUCAGUGGAAAGUAAAUGUCUGUUAAGUGGAUGUGUUUAUCACGAAAUGAUUAACCUCAGCAGGAUUAUUAAGUUGGCAUAUAUUGCGAGAAAAAAUUCUGUAUGUUUACACCAAACAUAUUAAUAAAUAGCUCUAAAAUAACACUAUUCAUUUAUACCAUUAUAUUUCUCAUACAUUUCAUUUUUCUAGGUAAUUAUAAAACCAUUUUAUAUUUUGUGUAUGCUUCUACAUAUCAAAAUAAAUAAAAAUGAUAUAAAAUGAUAAGAGAAAUACAUAAAAACUCAAAUCAAGGUUUUUGUCAAAUCCUCAUAUUUGAAGACAAAUAUGCAUUUUUUUAUUCCUUACUACAUUUUAAGUGAUUUGUUUUAGGUUAAAUUUUUACAAAAUUUUACUACCAGGGGAAGUCUAAUGAAUAGCAUGAAGAAAAAUUGAUUUCCUGGCAGCAAUUAGAUUGUUUCCCAAACUAAAUUCAAGAUUGACCCUUAAAGGUUUAAUAAUGCUGCAGGUUUAUAAAACAUAUUAUCCUUUAUAAUUGAACAAAACCAACUUCAUUAAUUUAUUAGAAUAAUGAAAAUUCUUCACAAUUGUAUUCUUAAAAAAAUUAUAUAAUAGUGAAAAAAAAAAUAUUUUUAUAAUUUUGGCAUAAUGGCAAAAUUUGUGUUUUUGAUCAUUGAUGUUUUAAAAGGUAGUCGAAUGUUUUCUUUUAAAGUUAUGAAAUUUUUUUAUUCUUUAUUUUUAGUUGUACGAGAUGCUAGAACAAAUCUUCUAAUCUCCUUUAAAGUUCUUCUAAGUUUAAGCUAACAGUAAAUCCAAUUCAAAAUUACUAGCUGCAAAAUUUCACUGUUUUACAUUUUUAUAAAAAUGUAAAUUUUAAAAACAUAAUGAAUUAGAAAUUUACCUUCUAAUGAAUUGCACAAUGACUUGUGCUGCAUUAGAUGGGGCUUUUACAAACUUAUCUCACAAUUCAGCAACAUCAAUUAAGUAACAGCAAUUCCAUAAUUCCGAACGCGUUUAAGUGCUCCUCUUUUUAAAAAAAUUCUUGGCAGUUAUAUUACCUGUUAUCCAGAUAAUAUUAGUAAUUUUCCUGGUAUAUCGAAAGGAUAAAGUCUUCUUAAAUUGAAUUUAAAAAAAAUUUCUUAUUGGCAAUCAAAACAGGUACAAAUCAAACAGACUUGAAGUUUUGUAUUGCAAAUGCAGAAUGUUUAAAAAACUAAUAUUUUUUCAAUUAGUCUUAAAAACAGUAGGAAAAGUUAUUUAAAAAUUAAAAAUACAGACAUUUAGUUUGCACUGACUGUAUGCAUAAAAUAAUAUUUAUUUCAUAUUUUGCAAUAAUAUGCUUUCCCACCCUUUUAUUUAUGUUUUUAUAUCAUUGCAUAUGCAUACCUGCCAAUUUCCAUCCAUAAGUGGUUAAAAUAUUCAUUUUUAUUUCCUAUAUUUUAUAAAUAUAUGUAUAGAAUCUUUAUUUCCAUUUAAUUCUGCUAAUUAUAAUUGUGGUAAUUUUCUGAAAUGUCCGACUGUGUUUUAAAUGAAACUUAACAUAUCCUUAGUCAGUAUUCUCAUUCUGUGAAUAAAUUGUACACACGUUCAAUAUACUUACUAGGUGAAAGAAUUGUAGCACAUUUUCAAUAUCUUGAAUAGAUUAAUGAAGUGAAUUACACCAUCAAUUUUCUUAUUUGGGGAAUGGAGUGCAGCAAAACCUCAGUUGCAUUUCUAAUUGUUUUUUUUUAUGUAACAAACACAUAAUUAAUGCUUCAAAAAGAGCUUAAUUCUUAUUUAUUUUGUCUUUCUGUAUUAAAAACUAAUCAGAUAAAUAAAUAGUUUAGAUUAAAAAAAGAAAGUAGAACUGAAUUCAUUUAAACUCGUGAAUUUAUUUUAGACACACUACUAAAUUAUAAGUUAACUGUUAUUUUCUGAACUUUAAAGCCAAAUAUUGCUUUUAAAAAAGAUACAGUAAAUAAUCCAGAAUCUUAGAUAAAUGGAACCGUUUAUAACUCUAUUGCGAUUGAAGAAGUAAUAACCUGCUAUGGAAUUCAAUUUUCUUCACAUUUACUGAAAGUGAAAAUUAAGUAAAAAUUAAUACUGACUGUAUUGAAGAAAUUUGCAAAAACAUUUUUAAGUUAAAGCAUUAAUUCUCUCCAAAGAAUUUUUUCAUCUUUUAAAAACUAUGGUCGUUGUCAACCUUAAGGGGGGGGGGGAAAUUAACAUUAGUUAACAUACACCUUGGGCAUUUUUUGUACUGAAAGUUAAUAUUUCAAGUUUUUAAAAUUAGUCAAUUAAAAGACAGAUUUAAAAAACAUAAUGAUAAUUUAGAAGUUGAUAACUUCUAUGGUGAAACACUUGUUUAAAAAAAUUGUUGCAUAAGAACUAAAUCAGAGGUUAAGAUAAUUUACCAAUUCUGUUGGAAACUUCUUAUUAUCACUGGCAGGUAUGCAUAAUAGUAGGUGUCAAUUUAUAUCAUUAUCAGUUUAUUUUUGUCCUCAAUAAGUGGCAGCAAUAACUCAUUAAGUCUCAAUUAUUUCUUUUUUUAUUAUAAGAUUUGCUCAAAUGAGGUGUAGGCAAGGAAAUAUAGUUAUAAACCUUGGUUUUCAAAAGUAAUUUAUAUAAGACCUAUUUUGGAAUAUGUGUCCAUCAUACUAAUCAUCCAAUUUUACUAAUACAGGCAUGAAAUUCUUCCUCCAGAUAUGAUAUUUUCUUUAUUUUUUUGUCCUCUUUUUUUUCUAUUUUUCUACUUCCUAUUUUUGAGGAUAUUGAUAAACUAACAUAAAAUUUUCUUCUGUGCUCUUAAAAAAAAUCUUUAUAACUGAUUAAAAUUAAUUUUAAGUCCAUAGAUUGAUAAAGAGUGGUUGGAUGUUGAUGACUUUUUAGGGUGACAUUCACGAAUUAAUUUUUAUAAAGUAAUAUUUUGGGUCUAGUUUUCCUCUUAGUCUUUCAUAUUAAUAUUGUUUCAUAAUAAUUUAAUCAAAAUGUAUUGUUACUUAUAUUAUAGUAUUCUAUUAAAAUUUGAAAAUUUUUUCAAAUGCUAUGAUUUUAGAUCUAUUCAAUUUGUAGUUAUGGAUUCAUCCUCAUGUUAAAUGUUUUAAAAGACUGGUUGUAAAUUAGUAUUUUAUGGCAUUAAAUUAGAUACUUUUAACUCCCAUGAAACAGAAUUUUUUUUUCUUUAAAAAAGGUUAGUUAAUGAAUUUGCUGGACACAGUAAUCAUUUCAAUUAUUUUUCAAAUGAAAUUAUACAUACACUUUCAUACAUGUAUAUAUAACGUCCUUAUCCUUUUUUUUUUCUUUUAUAUCUCAUGCCUUUUUAUAAAACGUGAAAUAAUUAUUAAUUAUGUAUAACUUGUUUCCUUUUAUCUGAGGUGAAAGCUACGAUCGUUAAAUGAGACUUCAUUACUAAUAAAUGAAAUUAACUUCUUACACCGAGAAAAAGAUAAUGAUAUAUUAGACUGCCUCUUGCAUUAUUUAUGGUUCUUGUUGUUUUUUGAAACUAGUCACUUAUGUAUGCAGUUUUAAAUUUCUUGUGUAUAUUUUAAUCAAUUUGAUGUAAUGGAAUUCAUUUUUAAAACGAAAUAUGUUUAAUUAAAGUAGUAUUAUUUAUAAUGUA